AUUAAAGUUAUUACUGGUUUCAAUAAUCAUCUUUUUAAUGUACAUCAAAUAACUUAUAAUCAUCAAGCACUACUACUGGUACUAAAUUUAGUCAGCCGGAAUCGGUCCCCACCUUGGUCUUUUAAUGAAAUUUUUCCGCCAAAAUCCACCAAUAGAUUAGCGUCUCCCACCGUAAUUUCUUGCGCCCUCCAUCAGCGUAGCCUAACUCCAUUAGGAUUCUUUCCUGGCUCGGAUUCUCUCCCACAAACAAAAAGGACCAAAAACCUAGCCGUAACCCUUUGGCUAUUAGCAAUAGCCCCACCUUCGAUCCCCCUCUAUUUUACUGUAUCCAUGGCCGCCGCCGCCUCAUUCGUCGCCACCACUACCGCCGCCGCCGCCGGUGCAGCUGCUUCAGCUUCCUCUAAGCUGUCUCCGUUAUCCGUUGCUGAUGAAAAGCCCAACUCAUUUUCACCCUUCCCCAAAACCCUCCGAAAACCCUGCAACCUAGGCAUUCAGAAGCGCUGCCUGACGACGGCGGCUUCCAAGAACCCUAUUUCCGAUGUGGGUUCUUUCGAAGAUGACGGAGGAGACAAGCCUCGGGAGGAGUGCGGCGUGGUGGGAAUCUACGGCGACCCGGAAGCUUCCCGUCUUUGUUACUUAGCUCUCCACGCGCUUCAACACAGGGGGCAAGAAGGCGCCGGCAUCGUCACCGUCCACGACAACGUUCUGAAAUCGAUUACCGGUGUCGGGUUGGUCUCCGAUGUGUUUAAUCAGUCAAAGCUUGACCAGCUCCCCGGCGAUAUGGCCAUCGGACACGUCAGGUACUCGACCGCCGGUUCAUCCAUGUUGAAAAAUGUGCAGCCUUUUGUCGCCGGAUACAGAUUCGGGUCUGUCGGGGUAGCCCACAAUGGCAACUUGGUGAAUUACCAAGCCCUCCGGGUCGAAUUGGAAGAAAACGGGUCUAUUUUCAACACCACAUCCGAUACCGAAGUUGUGCUCCACCUCAUCGCCAUCUCGAAAGAAAGGCCCUUUUUUAUGAGGAUAGUUGAUGCUUGCAAAAGGCUGGAAGGUGCUUAUUCAAUGGUGUUUUUAACCGAGGAUAAGUUGGUCGCCGUGCGAGACCCGUACGGAUUCCGGCCGCUAGUUAUGGGCCGUAGGAGCAACGGAGCUGUCGUGUUCGCGUCGGAGACUUGUGCUCUGGAUUUAAUCGAAGCAACCUACGAAAGAGAAGUCGCUCCCGGUGAAGUUUUGGUUGUGGACAAAGAUGGGGUUUCCUCCCUUUGUUUAUUAUCUCAUCCUGAGCAGAAGUCUUGCAUUUUUGAGCAUAUUUAUUUCGCUUUACCAAAUUCUGUUGUAUUUGGAAGAUCAGUUUAUGAAUCCAGGAGAGCAUUCGGGGAAAUUCUUGCCACUGAGAACCCUGUCGAUUGUGAUGUUGUGAUAGCUGUGCCUGAUUCAGGAGUUGUAGCUGCCCUUGGUUACGCUGAAAAAGCUGGUGUUCCAUUUCAACAAGGUUUGAUUAGGUCACAUUAUGUUGGGAGAACAUUUAUUGAGCCAUCACAGAAAAUCAGGGAUUUUGGAGUUAAACUCAAGCUUUCCCCUGUUAAAUCAGUCUUGGAAGGGAAAAGAGUAGUAGUUGUGGAUGAUUCAAUUGUUAGAGGAACUACUUCUUCGAAGAUUGUUCGGUUAAUUAAGGAAUCAGGUGCGAAGGAAGUCCAUAUGAGGAUUGCAAGUCCACCAAUCAUAGCUUCCUGUUAUUAUGGAGUGGACACACCAAGUGCUGAUGAACUCAUAUCUAAUAGGAUGAGUGUUGAGGAGAUUAGGGAUUUCAUCGGGGCAGAUUCACUUGCAUUUUUGCCAAUUGAUAGUUUGAAGAGGUUUCUUGGCAAUGAUUCGCCGAAUUACUGUUAUGCUUGUUUUUCUGGGAAGUACCCUGUCCUGCCAAGUGGUAAGGUGAAAAGGGUUGGUGAUUUUGUUGAUGAUGGAUUGAGUGGAAGUUUGGAGUUCAUUGAUGAAGGCUGGGUCAGUGGAACUAAAAGAGAUCAAGAAGACAAGGAAGUAGAUGAUAAGGAGAUACCAACAUUGAGUAGAGUUUAGUUGUUUUUGGGAGUUUUAAAGAACAGAUUUUUAAGUUUGUCGCAUACAAAAAGACCAAAUUUUUUGUUGGUGAAAAUCCAGAUUGGAAGCCUCUGAAUGGGUACUCUUACAGGAUCCAGUGAUUGAUAAAGGGUCACCAUUGCUUUGGUGUCAAUCAUUCUCUGUUUUAAAUGUAUGUGAAGCAGGAAAUAAUUUUCGUACAACAACUGUCUCGCGUCUUAUUUUUAAGCUUCAAAACGUACAAACUUCUCUUGAAUGUCUUAUUCAUUCAAGUUAUUUUAGCCGAACUGUGUUUAAGAAAAGUAGCUCAUUGAGUCAUUGGAGUUCAUUGUUUGUACUUUGUACUUUGUGAUGUGGUGAGCCCUGGGGAAUCUCUAGAGCUUAACUGAAAAUUGUGUCUCAACCAAAC